AUUAUUACCACUUAUUACCAUCUCUUCACAGUUUCACAUCAUAUAAGUGAUAGGUACGCCGAAAAUUGUUUUUUCUUUUAGAUUUCGUUGCACGCUGUCGAAUUCUACUCACAAUAAUGCCCAGUUAUGAGUUAUGUUUGCUGUUCAAAGUCUUGCCGAGGCCUGAAAUAACACAAUGUCUAAAACGAACAGCCAGUAAAAUCUUUGAAUCCGGUGGUUUUAUACGGCGUAUUGACAACCUAGGAACAGCAGAUACUCCUUGGAAGAUAAGUUCACAUGAUGCAAUACACAAACAAGCUAGCUAUUUUAUUGUUGAGUUUGAUGUACCUAGUUCAGCUGUGGAUCCAUUCAAUAACUAUUUAUCAAGAGACAUUGACAUAAUCAAACGUACAAUAUUCAAAGUUCCCGAAAAUAUACCUCAACCAGCUUGCACACUCCAUGAAGAGCUAAAACCACCAGCAUACAGGUCUGAGGUUAAAGAGAUGAUUGCAAUUGGCAAGCGUAAACGUGAAAAAGAAGCAAGGAAAAAAGUACAAUUCAACACUGGUUUAGAUUACAUGCCGUUCCAAAGAUAGAAUGAUGUUAAAUGUUAAUUAAUAUUGUAAAUAAUACAUAUAGAUGUUUUAGUAGUUAUAUUAAUAAUAUUAAAGUAAUACAAUUUGUGUACAUUUGAAGUUUA